GCCUCUGACUUUUGAGGAUAUUGCCGUUUACUUCUCAGAGCAAGAAUGGUGGACUCUAGAGGCCUGGCAGAAGGAGCUUUACAAGCACGUAAUGAGAACCAAUUAUGAGAUUCUGGUUUCUCUAGGUGAGACGUGUUCGACUGUGGAUGAUGGAUUUCCCAAACCAGAACUAAUAUCCCAGAUUGAGCAAGGGAGAAUGCUCUUCAGGAAUUUGGGAGAACCACAGAAAUCAGGAAACAUAAUUUGCUCCUCUGCCGAUUUGCAUUUCGAUCCGGUUAUGGAGGGAGAGCAGUUUUGGGUUUCAGGAAGUCAGCAAGCUGUGAAUUCAGGAGGGCCUGAAUGCCAUUUUCAAGUAGAUCCUCUUCGGAUCCAGUGUUCCUCUGAACCCUUAUUAGGAAAAAGUGAAGCUGUGUCCUUCAGGCCUGGCCAAGACAUCACGCUCAUGAAACCACACGGACACGACCCCCAGGCUCUAAUCCCAGCAGACCACCACUCCAAGGAACCUACCCAAAGGGAAAGAGUCCCGAGUCCCAGAAAGCCGGGUGUCCCAGGCAUCCAGGAAAUGCCCUCCAGGGAGGGCACCCCGCACCCUUGCCCUGUCUGUGGGGAAAGCUUUUGGAACCACUUAGAGAAGAACCACAGGAGCCACUCAAAGGACCAGCCGCGUGGGGCCGGGAAGAAAUUCAGCAAACAGGCUGAGCUGCAGCCUCAGUGGAGCACCCCUCGGGGACAGAGGCACCUGCGGUGUCAUCAGUGUGGGAGCAGCUUCCGCCCGAAGCAAUAUUUGCUUAGGCAUCUGGCCGCCCACGCAGGGAAGAGCCCACUGCAGUGCCCUGAAUGUGACGUGUGCUUCCAUCACAAGCAGACCCUUCUCAGCCACCACCACCUGCACAAGAGGGAGAGGCCUCCCCAGUGUCCCCUGUGUGACAAGAGCUUUGUCCUGAAGAACAGCGUGCAGGCUCACCAGGGCCAGCCCAGCGAGGAGAGGCCAGCCUCCCGUAGGGAAGGCGACGGAGCCUUCUGUGAGGAGGCCAAGCUCAGCAGUGUGCACUCAGGGGAGAAGCCAGGCCCGUGCCUGGCUCGUGAGGAGCAUUGCCACCAGAAGGGGUGCAUGGAGGCUCUCCAGCGCCGCCCCUCCAGGGGGAGACCAUUCUCUUGCACCGAGUGCAACAAGUGCUUCUCGACCAGGGCCCAGCUCGCCAGCCAUGUCCGGGCGCACACGGGAGAAAAGCCCUUCCCAUGCCUGGAGUGUGACAAGAGCUUCCAGCUGAGCGGCUUGCUGAAGGUCCACCAGCGUGUGCACAGUGGAGAGAGGCCCUUCUCCUGCAGGAAGUGCGGCAAGGGCUUCACCAAGCAGUGCAAACUCACCGAACACAGCCGAGUCCACAGCGGGGAGAAGCCUUUCUGGUGUGCUGAGUGUGGCAGGACCUUCCGCCAGAGGGGACAGCUGCUGCGGCACCAGCGCCUGCACACAGACGAGAAGCCCUUCCAGUGCCCCGAGUGCACGCUGAGCUUCCGUCUCAAGAGCAUGCUGAGAGCCCACCGGCUCCGACACAGUGGGGAGAGGCCGUUCUCCUGCAGCGACUGUGGCAGAGCCUUCACCCACCAGUGCAAGCUCCGGGAGCACCUGCGGGUGCACAGUGGCGAGAGGCCCUUCCAGUGCCCCGAGUGUGACAAGAGCUUCCGCCUGAAGGGCAUCCUGAAGGCCCACCAGCGCACCCACAGCAAGGAGAGGCCGUUCUCGUGCGGGGAGUGUGGCAAGGGCUUCACCAGACAGUCCAAGCUCACCGAGCACCUGCGCGUGCACAGCGGGGAGAGGCCCUUCCAGUGCUCCGACUGUGACAGGAGCUUCCGCCUGAAGGGGCAGCUGCUGAGUCACCGGCGCCUGCACACGGGGGAGAGGCCCUUCCAGUGCCCGCAGUGCGACAAGAGAUACCGCGUGAAGGCCGACAUGAAGGCCCACCAGCUGCUGCACAGCGGGGCGAUGCCGUUCUCUUGUGAGUGUGGCAAAGGCUUUGCCAAGCAGUCGAAACUGGUCGAACACAUCAGGACGCACACGGGGGAGAAGCCUUUUCAGUGUCCCAAAUGUGACAAGAGUUUCCGCCUAAAGGCACAGCUGCUCAGCCACCAAGGCCUGCACACAGGAGAGAGACCUUUCCGCUGCCCUGAGUGUGACAAAAACUUCCGGGAAAAGGGACAUAUGCUUAGGCACCAGCGCAUACAUAGGCCGGAAAGGCCGUUUGCCUGUGGUGACUGUGGCAAGGGCUUCAUUUAUAAGUCGAAACUUGCUGAGCACGUCAGAGUGCACACAAAGUCCUGUAGUGCGGCCCAUGAGCCCGACAUUAAGAAAAGGCUCAGGCAGCUGUUUGCCAUGAUUGAGGCCGACUGGAGCUGAGGCUGAGCGGGCCGCUGGGAGCCUCCAGCAGGGCUGACACUGCCUGGGAACGGCCGGCAACCGUAGCCAAACCUCCCAGUGGACUUUAGGAACAGAGCAAGAAUGUAAGAGCAGUUAGGAAUAUGAGAAACCACAAAGGAUUGUCUUUCUUAAGCAUCACCAGUUAUAUUUUCUAUCCAUUGCUCAAAAGAGACAUUUGUUCUUCCUACCACCUUAAAUGGUAAUUUUCUCCCAAGUGCUAAGCCAGCUUUGAAACCCUACCUUGAAUUUAGACAGGAAACCCCUCCAGUACUGUUCUCAAGGCUAAAAGAACGGGUUAGCUGUGAAAUGUCAACUCCCCUCUAUUUUUUCAUAGCAUGAUCCUAAACUGUGGGUUUAAAUACACUGAAUUUUGUUGCAAGCCUGCUAAUGACAUUAGAUUUGAUUUUGAGUAAUUUUUUUUAAACUGAUAGUAAUAAAAUGAUGUCUCUGCAUCGUAGUUUGUUGAUGUAGUUGCUGAAGUUUCACAGCAGCUUCCAUGUGAUCAUGCAUAGUUUCCCCUAAGGAAAAGCUGGUCAUUUUAGGAAAAGUGGGCUAUUCUGAGGUGAAGAAACAUGAAACUGACCGUGCUAAGACGUAUGGGACUAGAAUUUAGAUAAGCGAUUGGGAAAGGAAGUGUUGAUUUGGGAGUUCCAGGAAAGAGAUGCUGUUUGAAGCUGAGAGAGUGAAUGCAAUUCCCAUUCACAGACAGAGUGACUGUCUAAGUAGGUGACUAAGUUAAGACAAAAUAACAAAGCUAAAUAGCUUUAUUAGGGAGCAUUACGGGUAUCAGCAGCUUAACGUGGAGCGUUUUCAAGCAAAUGUUAAAAGUAAACAUAAUACAAGAGGAAGUCCAGCAAAAUACCAUGUUUGGUUCAUUAGGUGAGGCUUCUGUGAGCACAGAAUAUUUAUGCUUCAGGACAGAGCUGUAUUUCAUACUAAGGAUUCCUGACUUUCAGAGGCUUCGUGUUUAGAGCACCCUCUUUUCUCAAGUGAUCAGACACUAACAAAGGUGACUGAUAAUAUCAAGAGAUUAUGUCACUUAGACAGGUUUAUAAUCACUCAGAGACAUGGUGAUGUCUGCUGUGUUCACAGGGUAGCCAACCUCAUAAAACUUGGAGAUAGAUUCAACGUAAGCAAAGAAGGGACGGUGGCCCUGCCCAGAUGAGCACCUUCGUGUGGGACCCAGAAGAAGAGGAUGUGACUGUCAAUCAGGUAGAGGUUUUGAGGGAGACUGAAGGCCAGGGCCUCUAGUGUGGCGUUCUCACACAUUGUCACAAUGAAAGGAUCUCAGAGAUAGUGAAAGAUCCAGAGUGUUGGAGUUUGGUUAGAAACUGGACAUGUCUUGGAGGAAGUUGAGAAAAAGGGUAAGAUCCAACUAAACCACAGGCACCCCAGGCUGCUCACACUAAAAAUGGAAAAAACACUAGGGUGCUGUUUAAAGAAUAGGGGGACCUCUGGGAAAGAAGGUGUCAUGAGCAUGGGCUCUCAAAACUUCCCUUGCUAUCCUGUCCCAAUUCCUAAAAA